CCAGUGCUAAUGGGGCACAAUUAGCAGCCCGGGUCGGUUUAAUUCAUAAAGGAAUUGGAAUUAUUCGGCAAGGGCAAAAUACUAACUUGGCUGCUGCUCAGCAAGCGGCACGGGGAGUAAUUGACCAAUUUCGCCAGGACCAAAGACAAAGGGAACUAAAUACUUUAAAUUCCUUGGCUACCCUAAUUAUCAAUAAACAUAGCGGCACAACCACAAUUAUUAAUAACCAAAGCCAGAUAAAUAACCUCCAAAAUCAAUUGAGUAAAGAAAAACAAGCCCACUCCGCCGCAAAAGCGGCUCAACAAAACGCCGAGCAAGAACGAGAUUCCUAUCAACAACAAUUAACUCAACAAGAACAGAAAAUAGUUCAACAAUUAAAUAAUUCUUUAAAAUUAGGUUUAGAUAAAAACGAAAAAGAUUUAAAUAAAGCCAUUGUGGAAAUCCAAAAAUUAAUUGCUAAACCUCCCCUUGUUACUGGCUCGGAUUGUAGUAGUUUAGAAACCGCUUUACAAGUCGCCCAACAAACUAUUAUUCGUUUAGAAAAAGAGUUAAAAGAACAACCUGCCUCUUUUGGAGAAAACAUUAAAGAAAUAAUUAAAAUUGAUGAAGAAUUACUCAAUAAAAAUCAAAUUUUAAGCAUUGAAUUAGAUAAGCAAAUUACUAACUAUCAGCAAUUAGCCCAAGAACGAAAUGAUUUAGUACUUAAACAAAUUAAAAAUAUCAAUGUAGAAAAAAUUAGCCAACUUAUUCCGGCGGCCGAAAAAGCGGAAAUUGAAGCAAUUAUCCAAAAAUCUACCAAUUAUGCUGAUUUAGCGGAGCAAAGAAAUAAGUUAAUGUCCAAAUAUAUUAACCACAAUUCUGCUAGUUUACAAGAAAUUCACCAGCAACCACAACAACAAAAUAAAGAAAGAACUAUUUUAAUUAGUUUGUUGGUAGUAAGUUUAUUAAGUGUGGGAGGAUUAUUGAUGAAGUUAAAAAAUGCUAGCCCUAAAAAA